GCAAAGCAGCGCAGGGCUGGCAGGGGUAGUGCAAAGAGCAGAAUGUGCCCUGGGGAAAACUGUGCCAGGGGCAACGCUCUGCCCACGCUUUUCACCACACGAGUUCUUGUCGAUGAGUGAAGGGCGCUCUGCACAUUCUCAGGAACACUCUCCGUCUGGUAUUCCAGACUGUGAGGGAGCCUGGAUGCCAGCCAGAGGGCACCAGAGGGUAUUGUUCUCCCUCCAGGCCUCGUUUACCAGAAAUCGGGAUAAAAUCCCCCCACCUCCUUUUGUCAAAUGCCCAGAUUCACUUCUUUAUUUCUCUGUUUGUUCAUUUCCCCUUAACAUUAUGCAGCCAUUUGUCUUCCUGCUAAGUGAAGCAACGAGUUGCGGUGGAGGGAGCAUGCCUGGCCGGCUGCCAGCUUCCACACUCAACUUCUUGGGCUUUUUUUCAUUACUCCUGGACAUGACUCGAAGAGACACGCCUUAGCAAUCCAGGUGUGGCUGCCAUGAGCUCACCUGGCAUAGGCGGGACGGGACGACCAUUAAAGCAACAGCACCCUCAAGGCACUCAUAUCUUCUCACACUUUCCCUUUGCCACACUUCGGAGUGAGUAUAUCACAGAAAACAGCUGCUGCAGCUUAGGUUUUCUCCCUUGAUGCGGCAGGCUCCAGGAAAAGGUUUGCAGGUGUUUGCAACAUCUUAGCCGCUCAGAGAAAGAGAGAGAGAGAAGAUAAACAAUCCUUGAAGACUUCACACCCAAAGGAUGUCAAGAGUGAUGCCAAACCAUGUGCUUAGGGUCGGACAGACAAUAUGUGUUUCGUCCCAAGAAGACCACGCUCGCUUGCAGCCUAACGGUUAUUCGCCUUGCCACACUUCACCAUCGCAGUAUUUAUAUUAUUCUGUAGAAGGCUGGGACAGACAGAUCUCAUUGACCCAAGGCAAAGGAGGUCCACUGCCCAAGAUGGAACUCUAUGACUCCUGUAAGCCGGCAGAGGCCACACCUAUGAAAUCCCCAAAUUUUGGGGAUAAAUGUCUGCCAGAGGAGCCAGCAGAAACCAGCAAUGACAGCUGCCCAGAAUUAUCUCCCACUUUGGAUGUGUCCAUCGAUAAACUGAACCGCCUGAUCUUGGAAAUUGACCCCACUUUCCAGCCUCUCCAGCUGAAUCCAAUCCAAAGCCAGAGUCCUAACCAAGCUGUUCCACAAAGCAGCACAGCAGUGGCCCCAAAACAGGAGCCAGAAUCCCCAGACAUAAAGUACAUCGAAAUGACACCUGCCAGAGCAAAGUGCCAGGAGUCUCUGCAGAACUCAGCGAGUCCGUCCAGCGCCCCACAUUCCACGUCUCCCCCAAACCACUGCCCUUUGUUCCCACAUGGAGGAACCCACUCCAGUGGCCACAUGACCUUCAUGGUUGGCCACGAUCCUGGUGGCCCCCAGUAUCCCACAGGGAGGCAGUCGCCGGCUUGCAUCCGAGUCUCUGAAAGCAUCUCCAUCCCGCAGCAGGACCAGAAGGGCUACGGGUCAAGCUCCCUCCUGCCUUCCUCCCCAGGCUUGGAGAACUUACGGAAGCUGUCUCAGCAUGGGAGGCUGGUGCAGCGAUGCAGCGAGGCAUCUCUGCUGUCGACAAGUCCUGGGUCGGACACCAGCUACAUUCUUGGAAGCAGCUCCCAGUCACUGUCCAACAAUGAGCCCGACACUCCUCAGACCAGGUCAACGGGAAGUCCUUCCUCUGUUGGAUCCCUCAAUGGUUCUUCCCUUGGUUCCUGGAGCUCAGGUUCCUACUAUCCUGGUGUCAGUUGCUCCCAGAAAGGGAAUUCUCCCCUACCUCAGCCGUUCCAGAAGGGACAGACCCAUAGCUGCUCUCCUUCACCCAUCACAAGCUCCCCAUCCCCUGUGCCCAUUGUGCUUAUCAACGGCCGUCUGGAAGACAGUGAGAUGUCCUCCAAACUUUACAGGAAUCACCCAGGUUCUUUCAAACAGAAGAUGCCCCCACCCAGUUCUGGCUCAUUUUCAGGUGCCAGCAGUUCCAACAAAACAUCUUCAGAGAGCUCGCUCUCAUCUUCUUCAUCUCUGGACAGCUAUUCAAAAGAAACCCAGACAACGAUGAAGUUCGUGAUGGACACCUCCAAGUAUUGGUUCAAGCCUAGCAUCACAAGGGACCAAGCUGUCCAGAUGCUAGCUGAUGAACCUCCUGGCACUUUCAUCAUGCGGGACAGCACAUCUUACCGCGGCUCGUUUGGCCUGGCCAUGAAAGUCUUCGGCGGCAAAACAGGGGAAGAUGGCAGUGAUCCCAUCAGGCACUUCCUCAUUGAGUCUUCUGCCCGAGGAGUACACCUUAAGGGCGCUGAAGAAGAACCCUAUUUUGGAAGUCUCUCGGCAUUUGUAUAUCAACACACCAUCAUGCCUUUAGCAUUGCCCUGCAGACUGCUUAUCCCCAGCCAAGAUUUCUUUGGAGGAAGAGAAAAUCCUGCUGUGGGUUCAGAAGCCACUCUACCAGUUUCAAUGAAAGCUGCAGUCUGCAAUCUCCUGUACCUGCACUCCCUGACCAUGGAGACUCUCACUGGCAAAGCAGCAGUUCGGAAAGCUGUGUCUGCCACUUUCGAACUGGAGGUCCCGCCUACGCCCACCAUCGUCCACUUCAAAGUGACUGACCAAGGGAUCACCUUGACAGACAUCCAGCGGAAGGUUUUCUUCCGGCGGCACUAUCCACUGACUGCCAUCAGCUUUUGUGACAUGGACCCCGAAAACCGAAAGUGGCAGAAAUUUUCCAAAAUUUCCAGGAUCUUCGGUGUCAUUGCCAAAAGCCCAGCAGACUCUGAGAAUAUCUGCCACCUCUUUGCAGAAUAUGACGCAGUGCAUCCGGCUUCCCAUAUUGUUGACUUCAUCAAGAAACUUCUGCCUGCUGCUUAACGUUGCCCAAAUGCUGGGGUCCUCUGUUUCCUAGCAAUGCUGCCCCACCACUCCCUAUGCCCCCCACUCCACCCUGUAAGCGCAACAAUGCGCUCUUGGUCUUUGAAAGCUCUCUGGGUUGCAUUUCAAAAAGGCUCUGGAGACAAACCAUGGCAGUAUGAGUGUUGUGAGGGCAGCAGCAGGUCAUAUGUCUUUGCAGGAAUGAUUCGGUGACCAGAUUGUCUCUCUACAGGAAGGCCAACCGUGUAAUUUCUGGGCUCCUAUUUCAACCAGAAUACUCUUUAGGCCAAUUGAUCAAAAAAGGUGUUUUUCUACCCUGUGGAAAAAAGAUAGUCUUGCAACAUGCAAAGUUGUCCUGAUUUGCCUUGGUAAUAGCAAGUCUUUGAGAUAGGUCUGCCAACAGAAAAACCACUACAGGGAUCCAUGCUCAGUUCGUCCCUUGAUUGGACUAUUGUAAUGUGUAAAUAUUUUAUGAAGAAUAUUUAGAAGCUGCAAUUGCUGCAGAAUGCCGCUGUCAGAGUGUUAAAUCGUUUGGCACCAGCUUGCUCAUGUAAUGAGAUCAGCAGCAGAAGCCCUUCUUGUUGCCCCGUUGUUAGGGGAUACCCACAAUGCAGUGACAUGAGAUAGGAGGCCACCACAGAGAAGGCCCUGUUUAUGGAACUCACUUCCCUUCGCUAUAGGGACAACACUGGCAUUAUUCAACUUUGGUUGCUGGUUAAAUACAGUGGUGCCCCGCAAGACGAACGCCUCGCAAGACGGAAAACCCGCUAGACGA